GAAAGCUGAGCUUUCUGACCAGCAUCUCAUCCAGUGCUUCUGUGCAUGGCGAUGAGCUCACACAGUUCAUGGGCGACGAGAUCUCACGCAUUAUUCAGGAGCAGCGAGAUCUGGAGAGGAAGUAUGAGGAACGGAUUGCAGAGCGUGGUCAACUGAAGGGCCUUUGCAACAAGGCGAAGUUCAUGGAGACGCAGAGGGAGAUCCAGGAUGUUGCGCACAAGCUAAAGGAAAGCAACAAAAGCUUGUGCAGAAACCUUAAGGAGAAUCCCAAUGUGCAGGGCAACCUCCAGAAGAUGCAAGCGGAGAGGGCUCAGGUGCAGGAAUGGCUUGAGGAAACAAAGACAGACCUCAUGGAGAUGUCCUUCGCCAAUCUCGUCGCCAAGGUCGAGGCGGAGCGGCGAGAGCAAGAGCGCCUCAGCGAAGUGAAGCGCAAGGAGCAGAAGAAUUCUCAGGCAGUCAAAGACCUGGAAGAUGACCUGCAGCGAGAAAGGUCAGAUCACGAGAAGGAGACCAAGAUUGCAAACCAAGAAAUCAAGGAGUUGAAGGAGGAGCUUCAGAAAAACAAAACCAUCAGUGAUAUCGAGUACAAGUUCGAGGAGAAGAAGCUCCGAGCUAGGGAACAGGCGCUGUUGCGUAUUCACGCGCAGAUGGAGAAGAAGCUCGUGGAGGAAGUAGAGAAGCUAGUCGACGCCCAAGACAUGGAGACGGCUGUGCACGAGCGUGCCCAUGCCUUCCUGGAUCAGCGGAUCAAGCACCUCUACGAUGAGAACAUCGCGUGGACCAAGGACCACGAGAAGGAGGUGGACAACCGCACCGUGGAGCUGGACAUGCUCAAAGAGCGCCGCGCCGCAGCACACACGGAGCUGGCCGAGCUCGAGGAGCGGCGCGGCCUCGAGGCAGACUCCUACAAGGAAAAGGAGAACGAAAUGCGCAACGCCGUCCUCAUCGAGAAGCAGCGUCGGGAGCAGUACCAGCGCAUGGCGGAGGCCGUGCUGUUCCUCCAGGACGAGGGCCGCAAAUAUUUGGGUCGACUGGAUGCGCGCAGAGCCGCCAUGAAGGGCAAGAAGGGCAAGAAAGGCGUUGACAAGGCCCGAAGUCUCCUUGACAAGUUGGACUUGGUCGUUGAGCGCUUGGACUCUGCAAAGGGAAUCACGCCAUUAAAGGCCGCGAUUGAGGCAGCAGAAACUGCCAGGUUGCCAGAGGAGAUCAUUGUGGUGGGCAGGGAGCGGCUUGUCCGGCGGGAGGCAGCUCAGCAGGGGCUAGAGGAGGCCAUUGAAGCAGCGCGCGUUCCGGACCUCCUGGAAGCCCUGAAAGUAGCUUUGCUAUCCUGCUUGCCACUGCCGGCCAUCUCUGUCCUUUCUUCAGCCCAUGCACAGGGCGAAGCUUGCGUGCCGGGUCAUAGCCGUUGCGCAGCAGGACUUACGUGCACAUGCUUAGCACUCAACAGAGGGCUUUGGGUGUGCCAGCCACCCAGCUUCUUAGAACCUCCAGCUUACGCGGCAAAAUACGAGCGCCAGGGCCUCUCCUGUGAGGCAAGGCUGCCUAAGGGAGCCAAGCCUUUGCCACCGCCACCCUUACUUGCGAGCGCGAGCAGCAUGAAGAUCAUGGACCCGCGUUCUGGGCCAGCAGAGCUGAAGGAAUGGGCAACAGGCCCAGGCCGAGGCUUUUACUCGCAGUACCUCCUCGUGUCACCUCAGGAUGCACUGCUUGGGAUUCCGGUGCUGGCAGGGCCAGAUGUUUCCGCUGAGUUUGUCCAGGAGUCAGCCGCAACUGUUCGCCAUGUGUUGCUGGAAGCGGCGGUGUCCAACAAAACCAUGGCAAGCCUGGCGCGUACAGGAAUCCGCUUGCUCAUUGCGGCACAGGAGACAGAGGAUAAGGACACGUGGCUGGAGCAUCCAGAAGUAAGCCGGGCCUUUACCACAGGUCUUGGAGGGGCCAGCCCUUUGUUCCCAUCCUUUGGAGUCCACGAGGGAGAAGCGCAAGUUUCAGUUGUAGAGGAGCUCUUCCACACCAUCCAAUACUGCUCUCUUUCUCCACGCGAGGUUUGUAUGUAUAGGAAGGCUUACAAAAAUGCCAUGGAGCAGCAUCUCUAUACAACUGACCAUUCUGCUGCCGAGAUUGAUGGUGAGCCUGUACCAACAGUGCAGGCCGAUGAAUACCUCGCAAUGGCAUUGCAGAGAUGGUUUGGAAGCCAUGUUGGUUUGGAUGAGUACUCCGUUCCCGGCAACACUGCGCAUAGGUCCGGGCGGGCUAGCCUUAGAAAGAAGGACCCCAGGGCCUUCUGCAUUCUCUCAAAUUUGUUCCGCGCAAAUGACACGUGGGACCCAGCAAAAGAUGAGCCAUGGACGUCCUACUCCAACAAGGCAAAUGGCAACCUUAAGAUGGACGAGGUCGCAGGCUUUUGUGCUCCUGUGCUUCAGGAAUUGGGCUCGGGGUGUCCAAGCAUGGACCUCCCUGCUGAGCCAGAAGCGCGAGAGAGAGUGGAGUUGCUUGGGCAGACGCAGGGAGCGCUUCAGAAAGCCAUGAGCACGAAAGUCAUUCCCGAUCUCUCUGCAGCGCUGACACUGGCGAGCAAAGCUGGCCUCAAGGAGCACCAAAUGAUACAUGAGGCCCGAUCAUUGCUCAGCAAGUUAAUGAAUCGGCGAGAGAACGUUAAGAAGGAGCUGGAGAAAGCGGUGAAAUUCCGCCAUCCUGGCAAGCUAAAAAUGACCAUCAUGUCUGCGAGACUGGCGCAAGUUAGCCUGAAGCGCAUCUUGGAUGCCGAAGAAGUGCGCAAGAGGGUCGAGGAGCUGCUGGAGGCUAUGGCAGAGGCGGCAGGCAUAGAGGAGCGGGAGAAGACCCUGGCAGAUGCAGUUGCUUACAGCAUCCCAGCAGAGUUGCUCAAACGGUUUGAAAUUGAGCUCGAAGAGCUGAAAGCUUUGCACGCCGCCAUCCAUCAGGGGGACCCGGAGGUCUUGCGAGAGUGCAUCGAAAAGUGUGAAGACCUGGGAAUCAAAGUGGUGGAGCUUCUUGAGGCCCGCGUGCUUUAUCGGGACUGGGCCAGCGCCUGUCAAAAGAUUGAUGUGGAGGCCUCUGUUCAGCGACUGGAGCCGCUCCGCAAAGCAAUAAAGGCGGCCAAGGAUCUCGGCGUGAACGCGUUGGUGCUGGCUCGCGGGAAUGAGCUGCUCAGGCACCUGGAGAAGCGCAUCCGAGCGGAACAGGAGCUGGGUGAGGCCUUGAAGGUUCGCAAGCUCGAGAUCAUCGCUGCAGCCGUACGAGCUGCUGGCGAUGCCGGCGUGUAUGAUCAUGCGCUGGUUACCAAAUCGCAUGACAUGCUGGAGGUCCUCCAGACGAAGCGGGACAAGUUACAAGCCGCGUCUGAGCGAGCGGAGCUGCACCUCAUGCACCAGACCAUGGAAGCGGUGGGGCAGACCCCUACACUACCCGAGAGUGAGACUUCCAGGGCAUACCUCAAGCUGCGGGCCUUGCGCAAGAAGGAGCAGAUUCAGAUAGUCAGCAGACUCAAGCUGGCCCAGGAAGCCAAAGACUUCCGAACUGGAGAUGUCCUUCUUGAGCGCAUGGUGACAGCGCGCAAGGCAGACGUUGAUGUUGACAGCCAACAUGUGGGGAGUACUGAAUGGAUGCGGCUAGCAGAAGUGGAGCAGCGCGAGCGUAUCGAGAAGGACAUCCUUCAGGAACGCCUUUCGCGCAAGCCUAUGGUUUUGUCCGAACAGGCGCCAGAAUCCAGUGCCUCCUUCAUUAUGUCAACGGGCGCAAUCGUUGGAACAAUGAAGGUGCUGUUUGAGCCGGUCGGCUCCCAGAUUUGCAUUCUUCCGCGAGAGGUUGUGGAAGCAAACCUGACUGUGAAUUUGGAGGUUGGGAAGGGUACUCCAGAUUCAUCAAAGGCAGUGACGCCCAAAAAACUGCAGACAUUGGAAGGAGAAGCAACCAUUCGUAAAUGUUUGGGUGUGAUACGCAAGAUCAUUGGCAACGGCGACGAGGUCAAAUGCUUGCGGCCAAUCGAGUUGUCUUGGGAAGAGAAUGCUCGAGAAUCUUCUUUCCGGACUCUGCGAGGAGUAAUGCAGGUGCCGAUUGCAAUCUAUAUUCGGCGAGAUCAUCAAUGCCUGGAGGUGGCAGAUGCCAUUUGCCGUCGUUGCCACUUGGGAGCUGACCUCUGGCAGUCCCCAGACCUCCUGCCAAGCUCAAAGAUCCACCCUCUGGAUUUCUGCACGGACCCAAACCCAGUCACGGAAGACUGCUCUGCAAAACUCCAAGCGGACGACACGGACCAAGUGGUCAGCACUCUCAGCAAAGAGCUUGCCUCCUCCCUGGUCCACGUGAGCCGGGCCACUACGCCACUAUGUACCAAGCAGCUGGCUGACUACACCAGGUCAGUUCAUGCGAGGGUGUUCCGGUCACUGCACCUUGACUUCUUCUGGACAUAUCCAAAGGGAAUCUUCGAUUCCCUGGACGCCAGCUGCCUCAUGUUUGACCAGGAGAAGCUGCUUGACAUCAUUGAUGCUCGCGGAUCUCAGGCUGCCAAGUACGGCAUCUCAAGCUCGGGACCGUAUGGCACCUCAUACGAAAGAAGAAGCAGAAGCAAAGACAGCCCAAUGCACCAUUCGUUGAAGGAGAAGAUCUCGGCUGUCAGCAUGUUCGCUGACGAAGCUAGUUAUGCCGAAAGCCGGCAGGGCAAACGGACGGUGGAGGUGCGCAUUGACAUGAUUCCUGCUUACGUCUCUGACCUCAUCUUCGUAAUCUCGCCGACAAAUUCCCGAGACCUGUCAAAGUUCACGAACCUCAAGAGCGCCGUUGUGGACGCAGAGUCCGCAGAGGUCUUGGUGAGCAACGAUGUUGCUGAUGAGGUCAGCCCUGGCUACGAGUCGGCAGUUCUCCUCAGCGUCUACAGACUGGAUGACCACUUGUGGCACGUGAACAAAAUUGAUGCCUUCUGCACGGGGAGCCAUCGAGAUUACAGGCCGGUCAUCAGGAAAGUCCUCAGCUUGGGUUACCCCAGGCAGCCGGCCAUGAAGAACUUGGUCCCAGAUGUUUUGAAGCGAAUACAAGCGGAGCUCUCCGUCCCUCACCCGGUGAAAGACACCAACGUCAGAGUGAGUCGGAAGAAUGCCUUGGAGUUUGGCUAUGCAGUUGAGCUGACUGGUGAUCAGAAGAUGCUGUCACCAGAGAUGUUGGAGCGAAUAGCGGAGCCCAUGUUCAUCGAGGCCUUGGCCGAGACCCUGUAUGAUGUCAGCAGCAGGCGGAUUGGAAAGUCCCACUUGACGAUCUCGAAGGCAUCAUAUGGCGAGGCGUGGAAUCUGGAAUUCGAGUUCAAGUACAAGUUUCCGGAGCAGGAGGAUGACACGGAGGAGGAUUCUACUCAUUGCUACCUGGACACAACAUGUGUGAUGUUUGAAGGCCAGGCCUUGCGCGAAGUAGUGGAUUACCGCGGGGCACAUGGCGUCCGCUGGGUCAUGAACGGAGUGCUGGACUACCGCGGCUACUGGGUCGGGCAAAUUCCGAUUGGAGAUGCUAGCGGAGGUGCCGUGCAUCACAUCGGGGGAUCUGUGGAAUAUGCAAAGCGGGAGGGGAGGACCGCCUGCCAGGUCGAGCUGGACAAGUUGCCAGCUGGUGUCACAGAUGUUUUCUUCGUUCUGUCCAACCAUACCACUCCGGUUGGCGCCUUCAGCGGCGUGACUCUUCAGGUGAAGGAUGUGAACCAUCCAGGGCACGAGGUAACCGGGGUCUUCGAGUUGGCUGCCUCCGACCCCAAGGAGUCCGCUCUGGUUGCUUGUCGCUGCAGCCGAGCUCCCGCACUGGAGACUGGGCUGUGUGAAGAUACUUGGACACUGGACCUGAUGAGCAUCUCCUGCGGUGGCCAUGCCAUGGACUACCGCCCAGCGCUACAGCAUCUUGGCUAA